AUGAUAAUACUCAGCUGGGAUGUUACCUGGCUGACUAUCGUAAUCCUCGCCUCGCUAGGCGAGGCGCUUGAGGUGUACACUAAUCACUUCCAUGUACACACAAAGGAGCCCGGUCUAGAAAACGCACAUAGAAUCGCCAAGAGACAUGGCUUCAUCAAUAGAGGAUCGGUUCUCGGAUCCGAGCACGAGUUCCACUUCGUGCAACCUGCACUUUCACAUGCCAGGACAAAACGAUCACUAGGCCAUCACGCAAAACUACACAAUGACAACGACCACAAUGUUCAGGUACUUCACGUCGAACAGCUGACCGGAUAUAAGCGCACGAAGCGGGGAUACAGACCGCUGGCAGAACGACUGCAAAGCCAGUUUGAUUUCUCUUCUGUACAAUCUCCUACCGAUCCUCUUUACAACUAUCAGUGGUACCUGAAAAACACCGGGCAAGCAGGUGGAAAGGCACGUCUCGACUUAAACGUUGAAAAGGCGUGGGCAUUAGGCUUCACUGGUAAAAACAUCACAACGGCUAUCAUGGACGAUGGCGUUGACUAUAUGCAUCCAGAUAUAAAGAACAAUUUUAACGCUGAAGCCAGUUACGACUUCUCAUCCAACGAUCCAUUUCCAUAUCCCAGGUACACCGACGACUGGUUCAAUUCUCAUGGUACCAGGUGUGCCGGUGAAAUCGCUGCUGCUCGUGACAACGGAGUAUGCGGUGUAGGAGUCGCUUAUGAUAGCAAGGUGGCAGGGAUUCGAAUGCUCGAUCAGCCGUACAUGACUGAUCUGAUUGAGGCCAAUUCGAUGGGACAUGAACCGAACAAGAUUCACAUCUACUCAGCGAGUUGGGGACCCACAGACGAUGGAAAAACAGUCGACGGGCCACGAAACGCCACAAUGAGGGCGAUCGUGAAGGGAGUCAACGAGGGUCGCAACGGGCUUGGCUCAAUAUUCGUGUGGGCUUCCGGAGAUGGCGGUGAGGACGACGAUUGCAAUUGUGACGGUUACGCCGCGUCUAUGUGGACCAUUUCCAUUAACAGCGCCAUCAACAAUGGAGAAAAUGCUCACUACGACGAAUCAUGUUCGUCAACCCUCGCAUCCACAUUCUCAAACGGAGGACGAAAUCCUGAAACAGGUGUGGCCACCACAGACCUUUACGGACGAUGCACACGGUCACAUUCGGGCACGUCUGCCGCCGCUCCAGAAGCUGCUGGUGUCUUCGCCUUAGCACUUGAAGCCAAUCCAAAGCUGACUUGGCGAGAUCUUCAACACCUGACUGUGCUCACAUCUACUCGUAACUCUCUCUUCGAUGGACGUUGCCGAGAUCUACCCGAUCUGGGACUUUCUAGCACUGACAAUCACAAGAACAACGCUGAAGACAAUUGUACGCACUUCGAAUGGCAAAUGAAUGGAGUCGGUCUGGAGUAUAACCAUCUGUUCGGCUUCGGUGUUCUCGACGCAGCUGAGAUGGUGAUGCUUGCAAUGGUAUGGAAGACGGCUCCACCUCGUUACCAUUGCACUGGUGGUACCAUCGAUACACCACAUGAAAUCCCAGAGGACGGCAAUCUUGUUCUGGAACUGGACACGGACGCCUGUCUAGGUACAUCCACUGAGGUUAGAUAUCUGGAACAUGUGCAGGCUGUGGUCUCGUUCAAUUCGACGCGACGAGGUGAUACCACCCUCUACCUCGUUUCUCCAAUGGGAACAAGAACAAUGAUUCUGUCACGCCGCCCGAAAGAUGAUGACGCCAAAGACGGUUUCACCAACUGGCCUUUCAUGACCACUCACACAUGGGGAGAGAAUCCGAUUGGAAAGUGGAGACUCAUUGCCAGAUUCCAGGGUCCUGGAAAACACCGUGGUACACUGAAGAAGUUCUCGCUGAUGUUGCACGGCACCAAGGAGCCCCCGUAUGCCGGUAUCGAGCCACUGCUCGGUCAUGUUAACUCAAAGUUGCAGGUGGUACAGACCGCCCACAAGAGAAUCUCACCUUAA